AUGCAACAGGUCGGGGCCCCACCCUGCUGCUCUUCCAUCUGGGGCGGCUCCAACCCGUCCUUCCCGUACACCGUCAACACCAAGGGUGAGGGCCCAGCCUGGGCCAACUCUCUCUUCGAGGACAACGCCGAGUUCGGCUUCGGCAUGCGCAAGGCGCUGCGUAUGCAAGGGGGGGACGCAGGGAUCUGCAGGGCGAACGGGUCUGCCACAGCCUUCGAGGCCUUCAAGCAGCGCCGAGACUACUUGGCUUUGCAGCAGUACCUGGUCAUGCGCCAGGAGCAGAUGCACGAUCUCCUGCUCCCGCGCGGGCGAAGCAUCUACCACCAGAUAAUGGAGAAGCUGGAGCCACUUCUGGAGAAGGAGAAGGACGUGCACCCAAAGAUCAAAGCCCUCCAUGACCUGGAGGACAUGUUCGGGCGCAGCAGCUUCUGGAUCGUGGGAGGUGAUGGCUGGGCUUACGACAUCGGCUACGGUGGCUUGGACCACGUGAUUGCCAGUGAGGAGCACGUUAACAUCUUGGUCCUUGACACUGAGAUGUACAGCAACACGGGCGGGCAAGCUUCGAAGGCCACGCCCAAAGGAGCCAUGGCCAAGUUCGCCGAGAGUGGCAAGCUCACCCAGAAGAAGGAUAUGGGGCAGUUGGCCAUGACAUACAAGAACGUCUACGUUGCGAGCAUCUGCGUUCACGUGAACCCUCAACAGGCAGUGAGGGCCAUGAUCGAGGCGGAUGCCUAUGCAGGACCCAGCAUCAUCUUGGCGUAUUCGCCGUGCAUCAGCCAGGGCUUCCCUAUGGCUGAGUCCAUCCAGCACUGUCAGAUGGCCGUGGACUCUGGAUAUUGGCCCCUCUACCGCUACCACCCGGAGCUAGCGAAAAAUGGCAACAACCCCUUCCAGCUGGACAGCCGCAAGAUCAAGGGUGACCUCUUCAAGUUCCUGGCUAAGGAGAACCGCUUUGCAGCAGAGCUGGACGACAGGCUGCAGGAGAACGUGGUGCAGAAGAACCAUCUUCUGCAGGUCCUGAACAAGGAAGAUUUGGAGGGUCAGUUCAGCAAACUGGUGGAGGGUCUCUCGGAUGCCAAGAGCUCCGGCGACUCCAUCACGGUGCUUUACGGUAGCGAGACUGGCAACUCCGAGGAGCAGGCGAAGAACCUGAAGCAGGACCUGAAUGCCCGUGGCUUGAAGGCCUCAGUGAGCUCUCUGGACGACUUCGAGUUCGAGGAGUUGCCGAAUCAGAAGAUCGUCAUCUUGGUGGUGUCCACCUGCGGUCUUGGUGAAUACCCCGCCAACUGCAAGCAGACCUGGAUGAAGCUGCAGUCUCCCGACCUGCCUAUGACCUGGCUUGCCGGCGUGAAGUUCUGCGUCUUCGGCUUGGGCGACUCGACCUACAGCCAGUUCUGUGUGGCAGCCGUGGGCUUCGACACACGCCUUGCCGAGCUGGGUGCCCAGCGCAUGCUGCAGCGUGGCGUCGGCGACGACCGCGACGAAGACCGCUACUACACCGGCUGGGAGGCGUGGCUCCCUGAGCUCUGGAAGGUGUUGGGAGCACCUGCGCUGCCUCUCUCUUCAGAUCCUCCGGCCCCCUGCUACCGAGUGGAUGUGUCUCCAGGAACCGUGGACAAGCCCCCCGUCAAGGAUGACGAUAUCGUGCCGCCAGGCGCCACCAAGCUGGAACUCUUGUGCAACAAGGUGCUGACAGGUGAUGCUAAGUACGAUCGGGACAUCAGGCACUACGAGUUCAAGAUCGAAGGCACUUCCGUGAGCUACAAGACGGGUGAGAGCCUGGCCAUCUGGCCCCGAAACCCGGUGCCAGCCGCGGAGGAAUUCUGCAGGAUGAUGGGCUUCGAUGCCGGCCAGCAGCUGCGCGUCCUUCCCUUGGAAGGUGCAAGGAACUGGUGUCCCACAGAGCUCAGCGUGCGGCAGCUCUUCACUCACGUGCUGGACAUCUUCGGCAAGCCGAACCGGAAGUUCUUCGAGACCUUAUCCUUCUUCACCAAGGAUGAGGCGGAGAAGAAGCAGCUGCAGAGCAUCGUGGAGAACAACGCAGAAGGCUCCGCUCUCUACAGGGACUUAGUCCAUGAUUUUGCCCACCAUGCAGAUGUCUUUAAGAAGUUCUCCAGUGCCCGGCCGCCCAUCGAGCAGCUGCUGCAGAUGAUCCCGGUGCUCAAGCCCAGGAGCUAUUCCAUCGCCAGCUCGCCGCUGAUGCAUCCGGACAGGAUCCAGCUCUGUGUGGUCCUGGUGGACUGGACCGUAAACAGCGCCAAUGAACUCCGCCUUGGCGAAUGCACAGGCUACAUGCAGACGCAGAAGCCCGGUGCACAGAUCAUGUGCGCUGUCCGCCAGAGCGCCAUCGUGCUGCCAGAGGACCCGACCAAGCCAGUCCUUAUGGCGGGCAUGGGAACUGGUCUGGCCCCAUGGCGUGCUGUGACGCAGGAGCGGGUGAUGCAGAGCCGACAAGGUACCAAAGUGGGCAAGUGCCUGCUCUUCUUUGGUGCUCGCUACGCAGUUGAGUAUCUCUACCGGGAGGAGUUCGAGAGUUAUGUUCGGGAGGGUGUCCUGGCGAUGCACACUGCCUUCUCGCGUGAACAGGCACGGAAGAUCUAUGUGCAGCACCGAAUUGUGGAGGCAGGGCAAGAGGUGGCCGAGCUCAUGCUGAAGCAGGGAGGCCACUUCUACGUAUGUGGCUCUGCCAGACAAGUGCCCGAGGACAUCUACACUGCCAUGAAGGAGGCAAGGCCGAGAGUGGUGAUUGCAACGUAUUGA